GUGCACAAUUCUAAUGCCAGUCAGUUUUAUUUAUUGCCUUUCAACGGAAAGAGAGAAUGUUGAAAUAGACAAUGAACCAUCAUAAAUCAAACGCAUCUGCCCGGAGUGGUAGAAAACGGGCGGAAAAGUUCAUCGGACAAGCGGACUCGAACGGCCCUGUCGGUUGGUUGCUGAGACUGUUCAAAUCAAUCAGCACGUUUGUGUUAAUCUUUCUCGAGCAAGGUGCAGUGCAUGGGUUGGCCUAUUUGGGUAAACCGUUGCUGCAUAUUCUGGAAAGACUCUUCUGGUUAGUGCUGAUUGUCGUGUCUAUUUAUUUCUCCGUCGUGUUGAGCUUUGUGUCCUGGGAGCGUUAUCAGAGCAAGAGUACGGUCGUUGCGAUCGAAAAGGAUCACUACUACUGGAACACUUCUAUGCCGAGUCUUACUAUUUGUCCGCUUAAACGUAUUUAUCGACCAUAUUUACUGAACUAUUGCAGCAAAAAUGGCAUCACUAAAGAGGAAGAUCAAGCCGAGCUGUUCGACUUUCUGGAAUCGUUGGCCAACUCGACCUUUAUCAACUUUCAGAACAUCAAGCACAGUGACAAUGUGGACAGCCUGCUGGACGUACUUCAGAUUCAGCCGGAAAACUACAUGAAGAUUAUAUACAAUCUUACCCGCGAUCUGACCCGCCUGGACGACACGGAGCUGCGCGUUCGGACGCAAAGCAACCUGGAGUUCUUACGCACCCAUCAAACACUCACCGAGUACGGUAUCUGCUACACCACCAACAGUUUUAUCUCGUCCAAUUUAACCGCAAGUUUGUUGCUGACCGGGAGGGAGCUACCGUUGGACGAUUUCUACUCGACGCGUACAGUGCACAAUGUCCGGUACGGGAACCUUUUCGACGGCGACAUCACGUACAGCUUUAUUGGCUUUGAGCCACCGAUUACGAUCUUUUAUCACAGCCCUUAUGAAACACUGAACAUCGCAAAGUAUCAGCCACUGACGAACGAGGCACAUGAGUAUGAAACGUUUUCUAUCGAAAUUGUCACCACGAAGGACUUUAAAGAGGAUACUACCAUCUCCCAGCGAGGCUGCCGGUUUCAUUACGAGUCCAACCUGACGCACUAUUCCAUCUACACUAAGGGCAUCUGUCUGCAAGAGUGUCGCAUUCAGCUGGCGUACAAACUGUGUGGAUGUAUUCCUCAUUUCUAUCCUAAUCCUGAAGGACCAAGAGCAAAGAAAGUGUGCCACUACAAGCAGCUGAUAAAGUGUUUUCCGCGCUACCAGAAGCUGUUCCUCGAGUUCAAGCAGGACAUUAACGACAAAAAGGGUAUACCGUGCUACUGCGAGCAGAACUGUGUCGACUCGAAAGUUAUCAUCGAGCACAGACAGGUAAUGGCUGCUUGUUGCGAAACCGAAGGCGAAAUCGUAUUGCGUUUUCUAAGAUUUACAACAGUAAAUCCCCUCUUAAUCGAAUUGUGCUGCAAUUGCGGUGUGUCAACCGUUUCACACCAGAAGAGCACGUUCCGGUGGGAUUUACUCUGCACCGUGCAACUGCCAUUGCUGCUGCAUCCAUCCGUUCACGUGUCCGUUUCCCUCCAUCCUACAGGUUCUGAAGCAAACGCAAAAGCUUAUCGGCAGCAUCGGUGGGCUGAUUGUUGUGAAGCGCUACCCUUUGGUACGGUUCAGCCGGCAGCUACUGUUUACCUUCACUGAUUUGUUGGUAUCGAUUGGAGGUACGGCCGGAUUUUUCCUUGGUUUCAGUGUGCUCGGUAUGGUGGAAAUACUGUACUUUUUCACCCUCCGUUUGUUGUGGUAUAUUGUGGGACGACGUUAGCGG